GGCUCUCUAUAUUCAGCUGCUCAGAGGCGCUCUGACACCAUUCACUCCAGAGUCCUCCACGUUCAAAGACCUGCGCUCAAACACGCUCUCAACAGCUCCACACGGACGCCUUACUUACUUACUCCAUUGUGAUUUCCUGGGGGGGCAUCUUUUGGAUUAUUUUGACGCAAAACUUUCAAAUCAGAGAAAAUCCAACGCGCUUUAAAUGGUCCCCUAGAGAACAGGAGCUGUUCUAAUAUGUUUGACUUUCCAUUGCGUUGGGUCAAAGUGUGAAUCUUUUUUUUUUUUUUUUGCAAAGGUGAAGGACAAGUGCAAUGCGCGCCAGACUUGUUUAUUGGAUUUGCCUCCCGUGCGCGUAAAGGAAGGUUUAUUCUGUGCUGGAGCGCAGGGUUUGUUGAAGAGGACGCAGCCGAAUGUGAAUAAUAAGAAGACAUCUCAGCCUAAAGGUUUCAAGCAAGUGAAAACGAGGCGUCUGGGCGAGCUGCUGUGACUCUACACCGCUUCCCUCCCUGAGGGGAUGGUUGUGGAUCCUCUGGAGCCAGGAGCGACUCGGGGGCUCCUAAGCGACAGCUCUUUUUUCGUGCUUGAGGAAGACUUUCCAAUUAAAAGGAGAUGAGAGCCACAAUUUGUUGCUUCCUGCUGUGGACGACGUACCUAUUGGCCACUGCUGAGGAAGCAGAGUUUCCCCAGGAGCUGAUCGAUCGGCUCUCCAACAGUGAAAUCCACAGCAUCAGCGACCUCCAGCGGCUACUGGAGAUUGACUCCGUAGGUACGGGAAACGAUGUUAUCGAGGAGCACAAGCAUCACAAGCACCACAAUCAUCAUAAGAACUCCUCCAAUCAUCAUGGUUACUACAAUGAACUGAAGAGCUCGCAGCUACACAGCCGACGCAAGAGGAGUCUUGUUGAAGAAGCCGUCCCUGCGGCGUGCAAGACGAGGACAGUGAUCUACGAGAUCCCCCGCAGCCAGGUGGAUUCCACGUCUGCCAACUUCCUGAUAUGGCCACCCUGUGUGGAGGUGAAGCGCUGCACAGGCUGCUGCAACACCAGCAACAUGCGCUGUCACCCGUCCCGCAAGCACCACCGCACAGUUAAGGUAGCCAAGGUGGAGUACGUGAGAAGGAGACCCAAGCUGAAGGAGGUCUUUGUGCGGUUAGAGGACCACCUGGAGUGUGUUUGCACAUCACAACAUCAUGUGGUAGAACACUUAGAUGCAGAGACAGUAGAUGUGAGGUGAGGCCUCCUUCGAUUAAGGGACAGCAGACUUGGAUGGACCUAAACCAGAAGACACCUUUUUUUUCUGCGUCCAUCUCCUUACCCACCAUGCAAACUUUGUUUAAGGAAAAUAUACUUUCUCGUUAAGUCAUGAGAAUGAAAAAGACUGAAAAGAGUAAAUCACAGAAUGCCAAAGGUGCUUUAAAAAUCAGUGUUGAUGAGGGCAACUGAACUGUGCUGCCAAUUACAAAGAAAAGAGAAGAUGCCAUGAAGCUUGGACUCAGACGGGAUGGAAGGACUUUGGGAUGGAGACUUCAGAAGACAAGCAAAACGGCAAAUAGACUGUUGGGUCAAAAUGUUUUGGGUGUCCAGUGCUAAGACUCAAAAAAGUGACCCAUUUUGUAUAAAAAACUGUUGCAUUCAAAGGAAGACAGCAAAAGGAAAAUAGGAAUAAUAAUGUAAAGAAAAAGCUGGGGAGGGUUUUACAGAGGCAACAUUGUGACUGAUGGACAAUUUGUUCUUAUUGAGUAAACAGCCUAAAUUUUUAAAUUGCCUUACCUGCCAUGUACAUAUAAUCUUAAAAAAACAGGAUGCAGCGCUGAUUUGCAAUCUAUUUAUGCGUGUGGACAUUUGCUUUUAUCACUUUCAGUCUUUGUAUGUUUUUAAUAAUUUCUGCAGACAUGCGAGUGGUAUGUUUGGUCCAGUCCUUUGCUCUCACCAGUAUCACAAUCUCAGUGUCAUUUUGUUUUAAGCAGUUGUUUUUUUCAUUGUCAACCAUGUUUCUUAUUAUAUUGCAGUAUAUCUGAUUGAUGUCAAGUUUUGCAUAUGGUUUGGAUGUAUGUGUGCAAAGAGGAGAUGCGAGAGUCAGUAAAGGAAGAUGUUUUAUUUUUGUUAUGAAAUAUAUAAUGCAUACUUAUAUCCAAACAGAAAUGAUGUUUUCUUUCAUACAUUUGUGGUUAAAAGCUUCCGUUUAAACAGUUGGGAGGUAAUGGGAUCAUUUUUAUAGGCAUAUGACAUGAUACAGAUGAUACAGUGGGGUUAAAAUAGGUUUACAGCAUUGCUACUAAAUGGUAAUUUAUGGUACCUAAUGCUCCAGUCAUUCCUUUACAGAACAAAACAAGCAAAUAUCACAAUAUGUCGAUGACAAUCGCAUCUAUCAGAAUAUUAGAGACAUCAUGGUUCAGAUACCUCUAAAAUGUAUUAAAAAUUAAGUAAGAGUUACAGGAACUCUGUAUCCUCUAUCCAUUGGAAAACUAUGGUUCUACAUUCCGCAAUUUUCUUUUGUGCACAGAAUUGAAAGGAACAAAUAGAGCAUGCCUAAUCCUGUGCUAGGCCAAAUACCUUCCCAAAGCAAUUGUAGUUUAAGUUUACUCCCAUACCUAUUACUGUAUCCCGUAAUUUUUCUGUGAUAUAAGCUCAUAUACAAGAUCUUUUCUUGUACCUAUUAGAUUUUGCAUUCUUUAAAUGCAGAACUACUACUGAUCCAGUCAAAAAGUGAAAGACUUAUCUAUAUUCACCUGUAGUUAUCUUCCUGGAUUAAAAUAAAGAUAACUUUGGAUUAAGAAACAAUAAAAGACUGCAAUAGCCUUAAGAAUGAAGCAGAUGUUACUUCCAAAAAGUAUAAUAACGAUCUUAAAUAUCGUUGGAAACACAAUGGUACAAUAAUGGUAAUGUAAUGGUAAAAUAAAAGUUCAGAGCUAAAUCUAGGUACAUCUGCCAAAACUAGAUAACCAAGAAUCUCUCCUUAAUAUCUGAGUGAGCUUUACAUAUGUUAAGAGGAUAAUAGGCAAAAACUUGCAAAAAGUCUUACAAAAGUAUUAGUAUUGCAGUAUUAGUUUCCAGGCUUUUGUCCUAAAUGCAGCAUGAUAUUUUAUAUCAGGAAUAUUUAUUGUCAUAUUGGUCCAUAAUAUUGUUUUCAUCCAGACACUUGGCACAAAAUGCACAUAAACACAAAACAGACAACAUAGGAAGUCUGUAAAAAUCUUUGAGUGCUUUCGGCUGCCCCCAUAUUCAGCUGCUGCCCCAGAAAGUCACUACUACUUCCUUAAAGUCUUGGCAAAGUUGUUACGUCACAUGUUCUUCCUGACAACCUGUAUUCAAAUGAGGCUCCCCCCGUACAGUCAAAGCCUUUAACCACUUCACCAUAGAGCAUCUGUAUGUCCUUAAGCAAGAGAUUAAAUACAGACAUAGAAAUUAUAUUGAAAAGAGGACUUACAGCAGCUGAAACAAUAUUGCUUAAGAUAAGGAUGAAAUAAUGUAAAUGGGGAUGUAGCAUUAAAUAAAUAUAGUCCAGUCCAAUAAAGUUGGGCUAGAGCAGCCAAUGAACGGAUAUCGGUCUUGAAAUUAGUGUUAAGUCUCUCCAGGAUAGGGGAUUGAUUUUACACCUUUGGGAAAGAAACUGUUUUUAAAAUUAUUCGCUCUGAAUGCAAUGUUUGUGAAACGGUUUUUUACUGAUGAAGGUGGAAGAAACAACUUGCAGCCUAGGAUGAUGCAAUCUGUG